AGGUUCUUGCAGACGCAAAGUAGAAGCGGUACAUUUCUAGUCUAAUAAAUAGGUAUUGUCGUUUCCUACACCUGAAAAGAUGUCGUUUAAUACGUAUUUUGACUUAAAUGAUGGUUUGAAAAUUCCUGCUAUUGGAUACGGAACGUGGCUGUCGGACGAUGAAGAACAACUGGAAAAAGCUAUUGAUGCAGCUCUAGAGGUUGGCUACCGCCAUAUCGACGGAGCAUACGUCUAUCAAAACGAAAACGUUAUUGGAAGGGUACUACAAAAAUGGUUUUCUUCCGGAAAACUAAAGAGAGAAGACAUAUUUCUAACAACAAAAUUACCACCAAGUGGCAUGAGACCAGAGCACGUUCAGAAGUUCAUAAAAGAAUCACUUGCCGCUCUCCAGGUUGAUUACGUCGACUUAUAUUUGGUGCAUGUUCCGUUUGGCUUGAAAUACGUGGAAGGCACUUUGUAUCCCACCUCUGACGACGGAAAAUCUGACUACGACGCGAACACGGACCAUGUCGCUAUAUGGAAGGCAAUGGAGGAGCUGGUCAGUCUGGGCUUGACCAAAUCGAUCGGCGUGUCGAAUUUUAAUAAAGAUCAAAUCCAGAGAAUUUUAGAUAAUUCUGAGAUACCGCCUUGCAAUUUGCAGGUAGAACAUCACGCUUAUUUGCAGCAAAAGGACUUGGUACGGUUCUGCAAGGAAAACAAAAUUGUUGUGACGGCUUAUUCUCCUUUGGGAUCUCCCGGUCUGAGCAAAUUAGGAAGAGAGACGCCGGACCUAAUGGGCCACCCAGUUGUGAACGAAAUAGCCAAAAAGUACAACAAAUCAGCCGCUCAAGUCUUAUUGAAGCACAUUAUUCAAACGGGAAUAGUAGCAAUUCCCAAAAGCACGAAUCCCGAGAGACUUCGUCAGAACAUUGACAUUUUUGAUUUCAGUUUAAGUGAUGAAGAUCUGCAAACGAUGAAUGAUUUGGAUCAGAACCUCAGAAUACUGGAUUUCAAAUUUCUGUUUAAGGGAAUUGAAAAUCAUCCUGAAUAUCCCUUCAAGGAAUUAGUGUAAGCCAACUCGCUGAAAAGAUUACUUUAGUCAUAGUCGGGAUAUGCUUGCUUAUACCUGGUAUAUUAUAUUGUGAUUUAGGUAUCUCUAGAUAGGAAUAGAUGUAAUUUUAAUUAUUAUUUAUGCCUUAAAUUUGUGUAAACUCAGCCUGGCUACAUUAAUAACUUCUACAUCUUUUACACAUACAUAUUUCUGCAGUUAUUCAGAAUUUUUGAGGCAAUCCGUCAUGUUCAAGUAAAUAUUCAAUAAAUUACACAAAAUUUCGAUUCACAUUGAGCAUGUGUUAAGAAUGGAAGAUAUUAAAGCAGCCUACCUUUUUAGAAAGACAUUAUAUAUUCACUGUAAGCUUGCUUUCAGGCAUUACUUAAUGCAAUACAGAUUUUAGUGUAGUCGAAUUGAAGACAAAAAAAUAAAAUAAAAAAUUAA